AAAAAAAUGGAAAACCGAGAACGACGUAAUUGGGCUGAGUAAGAGGCCACGUAUUAAAGCCCAGAUUGUUAUGGUCGGAAAGUUUAAGAUUAGAGACCACUUCACGCGACUUAAACAACGAACCAAACCUCUCUCUGCUCAGCUUUUCCGACCAAAAGAUCCAAGCGCAAGAUCAACUCAAAAUCAAUGGAUUAUCUCGGAAUCGACAUGAGCUGCGCGAUCGGAUCUCUCCGGAACGGUGACUUCCCGGAGAAAGAUUGUCUUCUUCCUCUAAUUUCAAAGCUUCUCGGUUAUUGCCUCGUUGCUGCUUCAAUCACCGUCAAGCUCCCUCAGAUAAUGAAAAUCGUUCAACAUAAGAGUGUACGAGGCUUAAGUGUUGUGGCAUUUGAGCUUGAAGUUGUUGGUUACACAAUUUCACUUGCUUAUUGUUUGCAUAAAGGUCUUCCCUUUUCGGCUUUCGGCGAAAUGGCUUUUCUUUUGAUCCAAGCUUUAAUCUUGGUGGCUUGUAUCUAUUAUUAUUCACAACCAGUACCUGUCACAACUUGGAUUAGACCACUUCUAUAUUGCGCUGUGGCGCCAACUGUGCUUGCUGGACAGAUUAAUCCGACGCUUUUCGAAGCUCUUUAUGCUUCACAACAUGCGAUAUUUCUCUUUGCAAGACUCCCUCAGAUAUGGAAGAACUUUAAAAACAAAAGCACUGGAGAACUUAGUUUCUUAACUUUCUUCAUGAACUUUGCCGGGUCAAUAGUGAGAGUUUUCACCAGCUUACAGGAAAAAGCUCCAAUUAGCAUUCUUACGGGUUUCGCUCUUGGAGUCGUCACCAACGGAAGCAUCCUGACGCAGAUUCUCUUGUACUCGAAGCCUGCUGCUGCAAAGGAGAAGAAAGCCAAUUGAUAGGUAGAAAGAUAUCCUAAAUCAAAUACUGGUGUUGAGGCUCCAAAAAGAGAUUAGUCAAUGUUGCAUUCACGCCUUUUUCUCUUUUAAUAUGUUCAAGGAUGUUCAGACUUUAGCCGGCUACUGGCUUCGACUUGAUUCUGAUAGUGAAGUGGCUGUUUUAAGUCUGAUUGAUUAUUUAUUUUGUGUUGUGAUCAUAGCUAAAAUCUGAAACUACACGAAGUUGCAUUGAUGUCAUUGGUCUGAUUACCAAG